ACGUGUCAGUCACUCUGAGACACUGCUGAGAGAGCUCUUUCGAAAGCAGUACGUUUCUACCUUUAAUCAAGUGCUCCGACCUUCAUCCUUGUGUAUCUAAACACCCCACGGCCGUUGUGUCCCAGAUCGACCUCGGUCACGGGCUCAGCUGGUCGGAUCAACACUCACGCCUCGAUAGCCAAGUAGGCAUGGCUACGCAAGACAAGCCGACGGCCGGCGGAGUGGUAGCCCUGGCCGCCGCCGUCGCCGCGUGCGCGCUGUGCCUGCUGCCGGCGCCGGCCCGCGCGCAGCUCCGGGUGGGCUUCUACGACGCCACCUGCCCCAACGCCGAGGCGCUCGUCCGCCAGGCCGUCGCCGCCGCCUUCGCCAGGGACGCCAGCAUCGCCGCGGGGCUCAUCCGCCUCCAUUUCCACGACUGCUUCGUCAGGGGAUGUGAUGCGUCGGUACUCCUGACCGUCAACCCCGGCGGCGGCAAGACGGAGCGUGAAGCCGCGCCGAACAACCCGAGCCUCCGCGGCUUCGACGUCAUCGACGCCGCCAAGGCCACCGUGGAGCAGAGCUGCCCGCGCAUCGUCUCCUGCGCCGACAUCGUCGCCUUCGCGGCCCGCGACAGCAUCAACCUCGCCGGCAGCGUCUCCUACCAGGUCCCCGCCGGCCGCCGCGACGGCCGCGUGUCCAACGAGUCGGAGGCCAACCUCAACCUCCCCUUACCCUCCUCCACGGCGAAGGUCCUCACCGACAAAUUCGCCGCCAAGAACCUCACCGUCGAGGAGAUGGUCAUCCUCUCCGGCGCCCACACCGUCGGCCGCUCCUUCUGCAGCUCCUUCCUCGACCGCAUCUACAACGGAUCCACCCCAAUCGUUGGCUCGGGUCUGAGCGCGGGGUACGCGACUCUGCUGCGAGCGCUGUGCCCGCCGAACGCGAACCAGUCGACGCUGACCACGACGGCGAUCGACCCGAGCACGCCGGCAGUCCUGGACAACAACUACUACAAGCUGCUGCCGCUGAACCUGGGACUCUUCUUCUCCGACAAUCAGCUGCGUGUCAACGCCACGCUGAACGCGUUCGUCAACAACUUCGCUGCCAACGAGACGCUGUGGAAGGAGCGGUUCGCGGCGGCCAUGGUGAAGAUGGGCCACACCGAGGUGCAGACGGGAAGGUGCGGGGAGGUCCGACUCAACUGCAGCGUCGUCAACCCGACGUCGUCCUCGGCCGAGCUGGGUUCGAGCGCGCCUGCCGUCGAUGACGAGGGCGUCGCCGCGAGCUAGCUGAUGAUCUCCUGCCGUCAUAAUUUGCGCGCGUCAAUAUCCUUUUUGACGGGCACGUUUGAUCGAUCUGUUCGAGCUUUUUGCGUGUGGACAGUGGACUGUGUUUUUGUUGCGUCGAUAUGAUCUGUGUGUGAAGCUGUACGUACGCACGCAUGCCAGACUUACGAACGUACUGAUGCCAUCGAGUCUGUGUGAGCAUCGUCUUAGUCUGCAUUUGAGUGAUGGAUAAUAAGAACGUAUGUACGUUUCAUGUUUGUUGUCAUGAUAGU